UCAUCCUUCGUCUGUGCAGGACAUCUGAUAAUAAGCCAAUCACCGGAGAGCUGAUGGAGAGGGCACCUGUGCUCGGCUGUCAGACAGUGCGGAGUGUGACUCUGCUGCCAUCUUUACAAAGAAACAACAGCUCUGUGACAAAGGUUCCCCGACGCUGCCCAGGGGAACCCAAAUGUCGGAUCAGGAAAGGGAUGGAAGAAAGCUAUGAGACAUUUGAAGAGGAGUUAUGGCCACCAAGAGCAGAUCCUCCUCCACAGAAGCCUGUUCGACAGAUCCACAGACCAGAAAUGUACGCCACUAGGAGAAUAAAAGAGGAAAUGGCGCCACUUCCACAGCAACCAAAAGCAGAGCCCAAGACUUUACCCAGCGAAGUAAGCUUCCCCAGGACAACAUCCUUGCACAAAACCUUGUCCAUCCAGAAUCUGACCCAGAUGGAAACACCAUGGGAGAACGUCACCCUCAACCGCUGUUUAUUUGUGGCCAUUACCAUCCUCGUGCUUACCUCAGGCGUUCAGAGACUUCAUGAAACUUUGCGUGGUCAUGGGACAGUAGAGGAGGAGGAAGAAGUUGAACUGACAGUGAGACACUCAGGCAGUUUACGACACAGAGGGCAACCACCAGAGCCUGAGAUAACUCUGUGGGAAGUGAUGUUUUGGUGGCUGCCAGACUUUGACGAUGACGAGGAGGAGGAUGAGGAAGACAAUGAUGAGGGGGAGGUCAAAGGAGGGAAGUCAAGAAAAGGAGCGACAGCACGAGCAUCCAGAGGUCUCAGAAACAAGCCGCUGACGGACAAAAAACUCAUGAAGCAAGGAGGGAAAUUAAAGGACAAGAGGGCCAAGAAAGCCAAGGACAAAGAAACCAAAGACAAGAAAGAGAGAGACAAACAGGACAAACCCGAAGAAGAAGCAUAUGAGGAAGAUGAGGAUGAAGAAAAUGAGGCAGCAGCACCCAAGAAGAGUAAAAAGUUGGAAGAAAAGAAAGAGAAGAAAAUGACUCAAAAAGGAUGAGUUGAUUCUUUCCUCUGUGGUUUAGUUCAGUUCAUUUUCUGGCAGUUUUUAAACUGAUUUGAUAACAUUUAUUUAAUGGUGUUAGCACUGAAUUACUACUAAGUACUACAACAAAAAUGUCAAAAUUAAUGUGUGUUACAGCUUUUUGUUGCUUUGCAAGACACAAGAAUUUGUGCAUUUGAGCUUUGAUUAAGUCAUUUGCAUUUUCAUGGAAUUUAAAUUGCUGCUUCAUUUGAGAUGUGAUUUACUCCUUUUACUGUUGAAAGAUUUAAGACCCCUUUAAUCAUUUAUCAAUGGUGGCAGCUCAGUUAUCAAUAGUAUUUAGCUCAAACUUUUUAAUUUACACAGAAAGGGAGCGCCAUUACUAACAAAUAUCAAGAUUAUCUCAUCUGACAGCUGCUUCAAAGAACCCAGUUAACAAUAGUCAUGCUUUUAUUCUGUUCAGAAAGUUUGAGUCUAAAUAUUUCAGGAAUGUCUGCAAUCGUGCUCUACACUUAAAAACAGUUUCCUCUGCUGUGUUUCUUCACUGGAUACUUCAAUAAAUCUUCAUGUGUGUGAUGUCUUUGUCAGAGCCCAGACUUUGAGACACAAACAUUUUUCUCCACAGCAUUUAAUUACAAAAACACAAUCUUAAAAGAUGAGCUACUUUUCAAGCAUAGCUCCGUAUCCUGAAUCUUAACAUUAUACAAAACAGUGUGGUCAUAUUUAUACAGUUGCAAUAACAGACUGCCCAAAUAAAA